AUGACUGUGACCAAGAUGCCCUCCAGGGAGCUUAACACCAAAACAUCCCCAGCAACCAACCAGGCAGCUGGCCCAGAGGAAAAGGGGAGAGCUGGCAAUGCCAAGAAGGCUGAAGAGGAAGAGGAGACUGACAUUGAUCUGAAGGCACCAGAAACAGAGAAGGCUGCCCUUGCUAUUCAGGGCAAGUUCCGGCGAUUCCAGAAAAAGAAAAAGGAUCCCAGUUCCUGA